AUACCAAAUUUGGUUCUGCGCUUAAUUUUGAUCAAUUCCGGCACUUGACGACGAACCCAUCAGUUUGCAUGUCGUGCAGCAAAAGUGCUCCCCUCUCUCGUCUGGGCCAAGAGGUAACCUGGGGCGCUCUCAGAUGGAGCCCUGCGAUAUCUGCUUCUGUGGCAGGGGCCCAGAGUUACAAGUCCAAUCGAAUUUAGUGCCACCAGAACUCUGACACAAAAGGGUCAGACUGCUCCGCGGAAGAUUGCGAAUAGCCACUUCGUCUCGUGACAAAAGCGAUGCCGAGAGCACAAUCGUGAUCAAAUUGUGGGGUAAAUGCCAACAACAAAAACAGUCACACAAUACGUGACCCUUCACUUCGAUGGGCGCAUGCCAAAGUUUUACCAAUCCACCACUCCAAUCAAACAAAACAACGCGUGAUGGUCAGACGGGUGCCCAUCUGACCAUCACGAGUUAGGGUUGCUCAGUCACAUUCCAUUAAAAGCCCCUUCUGUUCAAUUGUAAACCUUUGUAUGUCUCAUUAUUUCGUUCAGCCACCCCUCACCCACUCGCCCAUGCACUACCCCGUGCCACGUGGAAGGGUUCUGCACAAAUCCACUGACUGCCGUCCAGUCAGUCUCAUUAUUUCUCAGCCGUGAGCCCACACCGUGCUUGUGAAGAAUCCAGCCAAGGCUGUGUUGGCAGUUUGCGGCGUUAACGGGGAUGUGGAGAAUUAUUUCAGAGGCACAAAUUCACCCGUCAUCUUUAGCCGCUGUUGAUAAACGUCAGAUGUGAUUUGUACCGAGUUGGUUCGUAAUUUCAAAGCUGUAAAUGAGAAACCUCAUUAAUACGGACACGGUGGUUCGUGUUUCCGACUCGAUAAAAACCUCUAUCGCGUGUUCUCUAAAAACAAACAAACAAAAAAAACGCGUUAGUGCUGUAGACACGUCAAACUCUGUCGGUGAGAUAAUUCGCUGUUUAAUUUCGCUGGGCUGACCGAGAAAGUUUUAUCUUGGAUCAUACACAUCCUUAAUUACGUUCAAUUAGAAUCGCGUUCCGCAAGUUAGACCUGGCACGUGGCUCAUUAUCGGUCGCAAACAAAAAAAAAUCCAAACGCUAUUUUACAUUCGCUAACAGUACAACAUUAACAACCACGCCGCCGUGCCCUGCGGCCAACCGCUCUGAAUCACCGCGAUGGAAACCUCCUCCGCUGUGGCGCCGCGUGGAGGGCCCCGUCCCGUCUCCCCGCUGCUGCUGCUGCUGCUGGUGGCCGCGACGGCACCGCAGCUGCCGUGCCGCGCUCAGUUCCCCAGGGCCUGCGCCACGGUGGCCGCGAUCCGCUCCCGCGAGUGCUGCCCGCCGCUCUCGCCCGGUGCCAGCCAAGGCUGCGGGGCCGAGGUGGCUCGCGGCUCCUGCAGCGAGGUGAGGGCCGACCUGAGGCCCUGGUCGGGGCCGUACACGUUGCGCAACGUCGACGACCGGGAAAGGUGGCCUCUGAAGUUCUUCAACCGAAGCUGCGUGUGCAACGGUAACUUCUGGGGCCACAACUGCGGGCAGUGCCGGCCGGGCUGGGCGGGCACCUCGUGCGAUGCGCGAGCCCCGACCGUGGUUCGUCGCGACGUGCGGAGCCUGUCGCCGAGCGAGAGGGCCGCCCUGCUGGGCGCCCUGCAGCUCGCCAAGGAGACGCCGCACCCGGACUACGUGGUGUCCACCAACCACUGGCUCGGCAUCCUGGGGCCCGACGGGAACAGCCCCAUGUUCAGCGACGUUUCGGUGUACGACUACUUCGUGUGGCUGCACUACUACUCCGUGCGGGACACCCUGAUGGGUCCUGGCCGUCCCUUUACAGCCAUCGACUUCUCACACCAGGGGCCGUCUUUCAUCACCUGGCAUCGGUACCACCUUCUCCUGCUCGAACGAGACAUACAGAGGCUCACAGGAGAUCCGUCAUUCGCGCUUCCCUUCUGGGACUUUGCGACGGGCAGUGCCGCGUGUGACGUGUGCGUGGACGACCUCUUCGGGGGCCCUGACCCCGCAGAGCCCACUCUGCUGAGUCCAGUAUCCCCCUUCUCCCAGUGGCAAAUCGUCUGCAACAGCUUGGACGAAUACAACCUGCGAGUCACCCUGUGCAACGGAUCGGCCGAGGGACCCAUCCGUCGGAACCCGGGCGGCGACCUCUCCCACCCGGGGGCCGGGCGCCUGCCCACGCGCGACGACGUAGCCCAGUGCCUCGGCGUGGCGCGCUUCGAUGGCGAGCCGUUUUGGACCAACUCCAGCCGCAGCUUCAGGAACGCCUUGGAGGGCUACGACCACCCAGACGGGAGCUACGAGCCUGGGGUGCUGAGCCUCCACAACCUCGUGCAUCGCUUCCUCAACGGCACGGGCGGCGCGUCCUUCUCGUCGGCCAACGACCCCGUGUUUGUGGUCCUCCACACGUUCGUCGACGCCGUCUUCGACGAAUGGAUGCGGCGGUUCCGUCCGAACGUCACGGAGGCUUGGCCCGAGCAAUUGGCGCCGAUUGGGCACAACCUCCACUACAACAUGGUGCCCUUCUUCCCGCCCGUGCCCAACCAGCUCAUGUUCGUGCCCGCGGAGCAACUGGGCUACGGCUACGACAUUCAGCUGCCCGAGCCCAGUUCUUCCACACAACUGGUGCUGAGUUCGACCCUGGGUGCGGUGGCUCUGGUGCUGGUCUGCACCAGUAUCCUCGUUCUGCUUCGUCGACGCAGAAACGGACCGUACCACCCGCUCCUGGCUAACGGGGGUUCCAUUGUGGCUUAUACCAACUCCGUGUGAACGCCUGCUCGCUCGCUCAUCAUCGAAUCCACAUUGUUGGCAUCACCCGCAGUUGCAAGGCGCUCCGAUGUUCUUGUUCUUUCGUGCUGUAACCACCCCGUUGUUCCGUACGAUGUCUGACGUUUCGCGCCACGUGCUGGUAGCUUCUGCGGAUUCCAGCAACUGGAGCGAAACGUCUGGCAUACGUUCCGAACAACGCGCCGUGCCAACCGGAUGCACAUCAGAGAGCCGAACAGCACCACCGCGAAAACCCACACAGAAAUAUUACGCACAGUUGGUAUUAAUAUCUUAAAGACACCUUUGGCAGCUGCAGGAACGACUUCAUUUCACCUGUAUUCAUCAGUAAACAGGAUACAAAAAUAACAGCAGCAGUAGCUUCAUUUUAAACUGCAGCAAAUGGUUUAUUAGCAGCAGCCAGCAUCAUCAUUAAGAGGAGCAGAAUCAUAAUAAACUAAUAAACCAGGAAAGGCUCACUGAACUACAUACCUCUUUUUCAGAAGUAACACUUGUAACCAAGUAAUACAGAGUGGCUUAUGAUUUUGGAAAUGUAGAGCAGCCAAAUACUCUAAAGGCACGUCCAUUCUAAAUGUUGAGGGAACAACCGGAGGACCCGGAGAAAAAUCCACGUGACCACGAGGAGAACAUGCAAACUGCAAAUAUACAGAAGGCGUCAGGGUCAGGAUCAAACUCACGACCUCGUGCAUACCAAGCGAGGUAGUCAACAUCUCACCACCGUGGCACCCAAAAGCAGUAGUUGGCUGUCGCUCGAUUCCAGGAUGAUCUCUAACCGCCAGUGCCGGAUUAUCCUCGCAGCAAAAGUAGCUACUACAUAUGCUACGGGCCCCACACUUUCAAGGGCCCCGCGCUAAAGGCUUUCAAGCUAUCAAUUCCGGUUCAGUGAUUCUGCACUUGCUCUAUUACUAUAGUACUAUACCGCCUUCAACUUUUAUGAAUGACUAGGAGUUUAAGGUUAGCGAUUUGUCGUAUUAUCCGGCCGUACAGCAAAUUCAUAAAUAUAAUUACUUUACAAUGCAAGUAAAAUUUUUUUAUGUGUUUUAAUAUUUACACGUGUUUUUAUUUUACGUAAGGCCCCUUUAUAACAUAUGCUACAGGCCCUGCACUCUUAAUCCGGCACUGCUAACCGCAGUGUACAUAUCGGUCCUCAGAUGACUCAGAAGUCAGACGUGGGAAUCAGGGUUGAGAAACUCAUCCUUGCUUCUUAACCCCUGUUUGGAUGACGCACGGCGUCCAGUCUUCCAGGCAGUGAUAACUACGGAAUGGUAUUACGAUCAUUGGUGUUGAUUAGAUCCCGAUGUUUCAAUCGUCCCAAUUUAACCGUGGCAAUUCCUGAUUGUAUGACUAGUGCAAUGUAUGCAAUCAAACGGUCGUGUGUUAAAUGACCAAUUCGCACUACGGUAAGAGGACGGGAAAAAAGGUUCAAUCCCCCAAAAUGGCGUGCACACGCCACCGCAAGUGAAGUCAAAUUUGCGAGUGUUCUGUGUCAAAUCCACGAGUGGUUCUCUCACGCCAGCGAUUCGACCGGUUGGGAGCGAUGUAGCAAUGUCCGCGGUACGGUUAUGGGAACGUUGGGCUUUUAACGUUGUGGCAAUGGUCACUUGUAGUUUGUAAGAAGAAGGAAAAAACAAGCCUCGCCCCUUGAAUUGCAGAAUACCGUUGUGAACAUUGCUGUAACCUCGUCCCGACGCUGUGUGGGAACGUUGCCACAAUGUCGUAAGGUAACACCGCACCCGCAAAUGUAUACAGCCAUGCCAUGUGAGAACAAUCGAUUGUGAAAUGAAUAUCGCACGCCUACGCAUAACUGAUUAAAAAAAAAUCUUUAUUAUUUACAAAAGUACAAAUUUUAAGCACAAAUACGAGCAUCAUACACACCUUUAAGUGAAUACAGCGGUCACGUGACACGCGCCUAACUGCCAUUAAUGUUAACAGCCAUGGAGGAACGAUGGCAUUUGCAUAGAGGAGAGGCUUGUCUCGCUUCACGAGCGUUCGGUAACAUCUUGCCACCGUGGCACCCUCGAAGCCCCGUGGUUUUGUAUUUUCCUCCCCUGAAACUGCACGGUAUACCCUAUAAAGUCAAUAAAAUCAUGGAAAUGGACGCAAA